AUGCGUCCUACAAAAAGGAAAAACACUAAGAAAUGUACUAUCAUAGAUUUAGCACCUACGUCUGAGGGGGAAGCUAAGAAUUUGAAGGGAGCUGUAGCCAAUUCUAAAGGAAGCAAUACACAGCAGCCCAAUGCUGAAUCCAGAAAAACUAAGAAGGGGAAUGUCGUUACGAGAAAACAGCAAAAGGGGAAGGCUGAAACGAAAAAACAGCAAAAGAGGAAGGAUGAAACGAGAAGAUCUCAACAGAGCAUGACAAUAAUUGAGCAAGGAGUUUUUGAAGAAAACCAUUUUGGAGAAGUUCGUAUUCCUUCGAGAGUUAGACAAAGCUACUACGUUAAUGUCUCGCUAUGCAACUGUGAUAAUACAGCAUUUAAUUAUGGACGUAUCGUAAAAAAUGUGGAUAUUACUGAACAAGGUAGUAGAAGAUAUAUUGUCAAAAUUAUGGGAACUGUUAUCUGUUAUUCUAAUGCAAGGUUUAUUUCUAAUAGAGCUAUCGCAAUGAAAGUUAAAAAGGUUUAUUCUAUAGAAUACCAUGUGACGCAUCUAGCAAUGACAUUAUGUAACUACCUAAAUGUUACACCGUAUGCAAGAGGUGUUAGAGUUUCUGUUGAGUUACCAGUAUCUAAGAAAUUGCUGUUAAAUAGAGAACAAUAUCCUCCUGUUAUUGCUAUGGUUAAUAUGCUCUUGGACGAUGCGAUUAAUGGCAUAAAUUUUAAUUCUUACUCGGAUUUUUCUUGA